AUGGGGGAGGGGACAGAAAGAGAGAGAGAGGAUUUGUGGCAUGUAGUUUGUCAGCUGUCAUUAGGCGCAGAUGACACACACACACACACACACACAUGCACGCACACACUUGCGGAAGGUAAUCUUGCAGAGCAAAGAGGGGAGACACAAAACGAGUGUGUGUGUGUUGUGAAUUGACGUGUGGACUGUGUGAACACAAGCGCAGCCGGCAUGGGAUGGUUGGCCAGCUCAGGACUGGUUAUGGACUGGUUUAACCAAAGCGGAGGUGCUGAUAUUUGCUGAAGAUGAGUAGUGGGGGGGAGCUCCCCAGAGGGGGGGAGUCUCAGAAGAGGAAGGACUGUCAGUCAGACCUCCUGGGCCCCAGCCCCAAGAGGAGCACUGACAGGAGGAACCGGGAGCAGGAGAACAAGUACAUCGAGGAGCUGGCCGAGCUCAUCUUUGCCAACAUCAACGACAUGGACGACCUCAACGUCAAGCCAGACAAAUGUGCAAUCCUCAAAGAGACGGUGAAGCAGAUCAGGCAGAUCAAGGAGCAGGAAAAAACUCCAGUGGCAGAUGCUGAGGAGGUGCAGAAGGCCGACGUCUCCUCCACAGGACAGGGUGUCAUCGAUAAAGACGCCCUUGGGCCCAUGAUGCUGGAGGCCCUGGACGGCUUCUUUUUUGUGGUCAACAUGGAGGGCAACAUCGUGUUUGUCUCGGAGAACGUGAGCCAGUAUUUACGCUACCAGCAGGAGGAGCUGAUGAACACCAGCGUCUACAGCGUGCUGCAUGUUGGAGAUCACGCCGAGUUCGUCAAGAACCUCCUGCCCAAGAGCCUGGUGAAUCAUCGCAGCAGCGAUUCCUCUGGCAGGAACAGCCACACGUUCACCUGUCGUAUGCUGAUCAACCCUCAUGCUGAUGGUGAAGCCCGGCCGGCGUCUGACCCGCAGGACACGUCACAGCAGAAGUACGAGACCAUGCAGUGUUUUGCUGUCUCCGAACCCAAGUCUAUCAAGGAAGAGGGGGAAGAUUUCCAUUCAUGUCUAAUCUGUGUGGCGAGAAGAGUCCCUGUCAAAGAGAGACCUGUGAUGCCCACCUACGAGAGCUUCACCACACGACAGGACCUCCAAGGUAAGAUCACCUCCCUGGACACCAGUCUGCUCCGUGCGUCCAUGAAGCCGGGCUGGGAGGACCUGGUCCGCCGGUGCAUUCAGAGGUUCCACCUGCAGAACGAUGGGGAGAUGUCCUUUGCCAAGAAACACCAGCAAGACGUGCUGAGGAACGGCCAUGCGCUCAGCCCUCUGUACAGAUUCUCCCUGGCGGACGGCACCGUCGUCUCGGCUCACACCAAAAGCAAGCUGGUUCGGUCUCCGGCCACCAACGAACCGCAGCUCUACAUGUCCCUGCACAUCCUGCAGAGGGACAACCUGGCUGCAGACCAGAGUGUGGCCAAGCCAAUGACACCAACCAGUGUGAGUGGUCCCUCCCCUUCCCCGGACGCCAGCGUCACCAGCAACAUACACCACUCCACCACGGCCUCCAGUACUCCUGGACGUGGUUUUGCGACUGUACCGGUUCGGGUGCCCACGCCUCAGGGAAACAGCCACGCACUCAAACUGGGCAGCCCUUCGGCCCAUGCGAGCCCCAGUGUUAGCUCAGGAGCCCAGGGUGCCAUGUUGUCUCCUCGUCAUCGCCAGAGCCCCAACCUGGCGGCUAGCAGCUGUGGUAGCCCUCACCUCCCCCAACAUCCCCCUGGUUCUUUCUCUCCCACAGCCAGCCUCCAUUCGCCAGCAUCUGUGUGCAGCAGCAUAGGAAAUGGCCAAGGGUUCAACUCUCUUAGUGCACUGCAGGCCCUCACCCAGGGCCACAAGAUUUCCCAGGGACUCGCUGAAGGGCAGCAACCAGAGUCACCAGACAAAAAGCUAGUUGGCCUUCAGAGUCCUCUGCACAGCAGCAGUGUUGGUGGCCAGGUAGCCAAGAACAAUCCCAACUUAGAUGCUGAUUUAUUUGGAACUUUUGGGGAGCAGCACGACUUGCUGUCAUCCCAGAACUCGGAAGGUGAGCAAGAGGAGGGGAGAGACUGUCACCCUGACAGCUUUGGAGGUGAUGGAAGCUUAGGGGAGCUCGACGACACCCCGAAUCGCCUUGUGAACACAAAAGGACACACAAAGCUGCUUCAGCUCCUCACCACCAAAUUAGAAUCCUCUGAUCCCUGCUCAUCACCGCGGCCCCUGGGAGACGACCAGGACUCUAAGGACCAGCUGGGUGGGAUUGGGGGCAUUGGUGGGGCUGGGCAUGCCAACCACUCCACCUCAUUGAAGGAGAAACACAAAAUUCUCCACAGGUUGCUGCAAACUAGCACCUCACCUGUGGAGUUAGCCAAGCUAACUGCUGAGGCUACUGGAAAAGACCCCAUUGGUCCAGAGUCAGCUUCAGGGGACAACAUGGCUACCCUAAGUGAACUCUGCGUGAAACAGGAGCCAGGGAGCCCCAAAAAGAAGGACAACGCGUUGCUUCGCUAUCUGUUGGAUAGGGAUGAUAAUGGCAUCCUGGAUAAAGCCAUCAAGAUGGAACCUGGUGAUGGACCGAAACUGUCCAACGUGAAGACAGAGAAACAGGAAGCAAGUUUUAACAUGGCGGACCAGACCAGUGAGUUGGAGGACCUGCUGGAGGGCCUGCAGAGCGGCAGCCAGCAGCAGCUGUUCGGGGGCCAGCCACCUGUCAGAAGACCAGCCUCCUCCACAUUCUCCUCUUCCUCUGUGCCGCCUGGUUCCUCUGUGGACAAACAGAACAUCAUCAGCAACAACCUGCACAUGACGGACAGCAGCAGCAGCAGCCCCCCCAACCAGCACAGAGCCUUCCCUCCCAUCGGCCCUGCAACAGGCUUUAGUGGUGCCAGGCCAGGCCAACCGGGCCGAGGUGCUCCGCCAGUCAGGACCACGUCUCUGGACAGCAGUAUGGCCCCCAACUCCAGCGCAGGCAGGCCAUUCCCUCCUCAGCACAGGAGCAACGGCCCCUACUCCUUACUGCAGCAGCAGCAGCAAGGCAUGAUGGGAGCCCACGCAAUGGCCAACCAGGCUGCGAUGGCCAGUCCAGACAUGCUAAGUAACAGUGCGAUGAGGGGCUCCAUGCAGCAGGGCUGGGGUCCCCAGGGGCCCAUUGGGGCAGCUGCGGGGCCAAUGAUGGGCCAGGGGGUUGGACCUGGUCGUAUGGUCCCCAACAUGAACCCUGGCCUGCCCACAGGGGGCCCUCCUGGACCCAGAGCCAUGGUCAACAUGCAGAUGAUGAGUAACGAGAUGGAGAUGGCAAACCCCGCCUACCCUCAGCAACAUGCUCCGCCCAAUCAGACUGCACCAUGGCCAGACCGAAUGAUGACUAUGGAUCACUAUGGAAACCAAAGCAGGCCACCAUAUGGCGGGCCCCAGGGGGAUGGGAUGGGGUGCUGCAGUACGGGGCCCGAGGGCCAACCAGAUGAAGGAGCCCUGCUGAGUCAGCUGUGCUCGGUGCUGAAGGACUAUGAGGGUCUGGAAGAGAUCGACAAAAUGCUAGGAAUCCCAACACUGGCAGGACAGGGUCCUCUGUCUGACCAGGACCAGUACCUCAGCUCUUCGGACCCUGCAGCCAGCAUGAAGCCUCUGCUGUACAGUCAACACUACGGUGGCCAGCCAGGUUAUGGCGGCAUGCCUCCUGACGGCGGGUUCCACGGCCCCUCAAUGGGCGGCCACAUGGGGCCUCAGAGGAUGCCGCCUAACAGUUACCCCCCAAUGAUGAGGAUGCCUGGGAGUGCAGGGCCCAGACCAGUUGGGAUGAGGCCAGGGGGUCCUAAUCCAGGAGUGCCACCUCAGCCCAACAACCUGAGACUCCAGCUGCAGCACCGACUCCAGGCCCAGCUGAACCGACAGCCAAUGGUGAACCAGAUGGGUGGAGUGUCCAGCAUGAAUCUACCUCUAAGAUCCAACGUACCAAACCAGGGAACCCUCAACGCCCAGAUGCUGGCCCAGCGUCAGCGCGAGUACCUCAACAACCACCUACGCCAACGUCAACAGCAGCAGCACGUGCACCAGCAGCGUGCCAUGAUGAUGCGGACUCAGGGCAUCAAUAUGCCGCCAAACAUGCCCAGCGGGGGCGCCGCUCCUACGCCGAUGCCCAUGGGUGGCACCAACCCGCGGCUCCCGCAGGGAAACCCACAGCAGUUCCCCUACCCGGCCUCCAGCUACGGUACCAGCCUGCCAUCUCCUCCACCUCCUCCUCCUCAUCCCGGCUCCUCCAGCUCCUUCUCCUCCCCUCUCUCCCCCAGCCAUCUUCUGGCUAGCCAGGGCAUGAUGGGAAAUGUAGGCAGGCAGUACAACGGGGUAAUGAGUCCGCCAUCACAGCACAAUGCCUUCCAGUUCAGCAGUACAGGAAUGAGCCAGCAGCAGCAACACCAGGACCCAGUGUCAGGCUUCCCAUGUGGGGCUGCAACCCCGCAGAGCCCGCUGCUGUCCCCCAGGAUGGGCCAGGGUCAGAGCCCCAUGCUGCAGCAGAACCAGGGCCAAACCCAGCCCCAAGGUCCGAACCCGGGAGGAGCUCCGGGCUACCAGGCGAGCCCCGACCUCAACGGAUGGCCCCAGCCUGCCAACAUCUCCACCAGCAACAAUGUGUACCCCCAGCAGUCCCAGUCUCAGUACUCCACACAACCCAGUGCAGGAAUGUACAGCAGCAACAACAACAUGAACCUGGGAGUCAUGGCCAGCAGCGGAGGCAACAUGAACCAGAUGUCGGGACAGAUGAGCUCCAUGAAUACUGAGCAGGUGAGUGACAGCAGCCUGAUCCUGGAGCAGCUGGCAGAAAUUGACAUGUUGACACAAGAGAGUGAAACCAACUCUAAUUUCUGUUGACCCCGGCUGCAGCUGAGACAAGGUAACACAGCAGAUAAAGCAAAAACCCUGCCGCCUGCUCAGCUCAGCUCAGCUCAGCUCAGCUCAUGGAGAAGCAUCACGGAGUCCAUGACGGAAACACUGCUCACUGUGGCACACCAGCUCAGAGAGAGGACACGUAAAACAUUCUUCACACUGAUUUAACGUGUUAUGCAAAAAGACAGAACACACAGGGAGACUGCGAUUUGAACCAAAUGCACAAUGGGAGGAUACAAGAUGCACAUAAAAGAAUAUUGUUUCCAUGUUUUAGUUAUUUACUGUGCUAAUCCAAACAACAACUCUUAUAUUUAUCUGCUUACAAAAACACUGACACUCAGACAUGUCAGGUAGUCCGGCUUAACACAUCAACCACUGGUUUGUUCUGUGUUACACACCAGAAUCACAUUUACUUCCUAAAUCCUGAUUUUCCCUCAAAUUUGGAACCAAACGGAAACCAUUUUACUUUACAAAGAAAAGACACGACUUUAUAUUUUUAUUUGUGGACAUUUACAUUCAUGCUGUAAUUCAUCAAGAGAUGUUAUCUUCACCUGAUGUUCUUUUUGCUUCUCAAAAACAAAACACAUCGAGGCAGGUGAGGGGAAAAAGCUUAAAGACAAACGCCAUCAGAAUCAGCUGCAAAAAGCAACAUCCCGUCGAAAAUGUUUCCACAUUUUGUGAACCAAAAUGUUCGCUGCAAUAAAACCGACCCAUCGGUUUUUGGUCCCAGGACGGCACAUGGACCCGCACCUGCACCGUUUGCUGAUAGGACGUGUUCUGGUCAGAUGAAUGUGUUCCUUAAAGGUUUCCUACUGAAAACACACAACUGUACUCCUCUGCAGCAGUGUUUCUGUUAUGUGUGUGUGAAGCUGAAACAAACGAUCGUCACAGUUUGACACUGGAGUGAAGUGAACCGUCGACGAGCAUAAACGUCACGUCUGGAUUUUAUCUUUCGUGGUUAUGUUUUAGAGCCUGACUGAAAACGUCACAUGAGAAGGUUUAUGAAAAAUAUUUUACAGGUAUUUAUAGUUUUGAAGAUGUUUUAGAGAUUCUUUAUGUGAAAGAAAAAAUCAAGGAUAUCUUUCUUUAAGAAAAUCUCUGGUACAUUUUGAUGCUGAUUUUAAAAUUAACAUAUUUCAACUGCUGUAGUUACAGGGAAGCUGGAUCCUCAUUUAACAACUUUUUAAAUGAAGGUGAAUGUGUAUAGAUAGUGUACAUACUUAAAUUUAUAACACCCAUUUUCCUCUAAGAGUCCAACAAACAUUUUUCAGAGAGCAGAAAGUGGUUGAAUUAUAUGUGGAGUGCAGGUCAAUUAAUGAAGUUAAAUACCACGUGCUAUCCGGGAACCUUAGCUGUUAGCUUACUGGCUUUCCUAGCUAGAAAUUAGCUGCCUAUUGCUGUUUCUCUACAGCGGUUUUGAAUUUGAAAGUUCGGCUAAGCUAACUAGCUAACCUAGCAUUGGAAGCUUGGAGCUUUCCAGUUUGGUAAAAAAGCUUUUCCUUUUCAAGGUCGAUUCUAACAGCGGCAGGAUGGCAGCGUUGGUCAUUUUGUUUCAGAAUGAAACUUCUUGACAACUAUUGGACGGAUUGCCAUGAAACCACAGACAUUUCUGAUCCCCCUACGUGAGAUGUAAGAACUUUGAUGCCCUUGAUUUUUCGUCUAGCGCCAACAUCAGAACACUUUUAAUUUGUCCAGUACUUUGGUUUAUGCCAAACUAAUGAUAUUCCCAGCAGCCUCAGCUGUGCUGGUUAGUGCUCAGUAGCAAGGCCUAGCGUGCUAACACGCUAAGCUAAAUGGUGAGUGUGGUGAACAUGAAAUCUGCUGAACAUCAGCAUGUUAAGAGUGUCUGCCACAGAUUUGAUCAGUGAAAUUAUAUCUGCCUUGAAAAUGUGUACAGCUAAUACGACUCCAUGCGACAGAGAUUUAUUUUGAAGGCGUUUAGCUGAAGCUCUUUCUCGCCGCGUGACGUCCUGAAUGACUCUGCGUACUCAAACCAGUCUCAGCAGGCUGCAGAGUUUUGCACCGAGGAUAAAAUCUCGCCUGCUUGAUGAUAAAACAGAUUUAACAAAACGAAUCCUUUCUGUUUCGCAAAGACGAGAAGGAAACCCAGAGCUUUUACGGCUCAAAUUCAGACUGGACCUCGAGCGUUUUGAGAAUCGUUCCAUCGGUUCAGUUUGUAAGGUGCUCUCUUCUACUCAUUAGGUGCUGUCUCAUAUAAGCUGUGUGUGUGUGUGUGUGAACAAAACUGUGUGGAUUUCAUGAAUCCCUCCUUCUCAGCUUCAUGGUCCAGAAAUCUGUUGAGCACAUACUGUCAUUUUAAUGUAAGAUUACUUUCCUUCUCAAAAGAAGAAUGUUUAAAUGCAAACUCACCGCAAAAUUAAACACUGAAUUUUUUUUUUCUUAUUUUAGAAAAUUUUGCUUUGAUGCCGUAUCUUCUUAAUAUAUUUACAGCUUUCAGAAAUUAUAGUAUGUUACGAAAUCUCUGAGAGAAAAUGUAAGCCAUGAAAAUGUCCUGAAUGUCAAACUCUCUGCAAAGGUUUAAGGCAAUCAAGAGUGGAUGUUAAUGCUCAUGUACAGUAACUCCUAAUGUUUUAGAUGAAGGUGAAUUAUUUCUCUUGAUUUUGACUGAUACUGUGUAUAUUUAUAUAUAUAUAUAUAUAUACACUGAAGAAUUUUCUUAAUUCAUAGCUGGAUAUUUUAUCAUUUGCAAAAUACUGUAAUUCAUGUAAAUACCUUAAGAUGCUAAAGACAAAGCAUAAUGCCUUAGAUCUGUUAUUCUCUGUGAGUGACUGUAAAGUUUACAGGUGUAUUACAUGCGUCACAUACUUCAUACUGUCGGUGUAACCAUUAGACAACCAAGACUUUUAUUUUUCCUCCCAAUAAGUGACUCUGAGCAGGCUGUUUUAACCCGCGUGUCAACUCAUGAAAUCACAGUAAUAAUGUGUUAUUUGUGAUUCAAGUGUAAAAAUGUAUUUUGUGCUGCUGAGGACAUCACGUUGCAUCAGCUAAUGCUUUGUGUUUUUAAAGGGGCAUUAAGUAACCUUUGCUGAUGUCUGCUGGUGAGCAGUAGGGACUGCAGAUUAUCUCUGCAUGGCAUAUGAGCGCUUUGAGCUCUGGUGGCCUGUAAAUAACAUCAGUAACUUUACCAGAAGUUCAGGCAUGGCUCUAAUGCAGUAAAUCUGCUAAAAUCAAGAAUAACAAAGGUCAAUAUUGGUCAAAAUUCAAAUUACAAAAUUAGAAGUUCAGCUUCUCUGUGACAUCUGAGAUUUCACAUCAAAAGCUGUUCAUCUGGACGUCAUUUUGAAUUUUUUAAGUUUCAAAUCAAGUACCUUGCGGUUGUUUGGUUUUUGUUCUUUUUUUUUAUGUUUUUCACCAAAACCAUUUUUUCCUUUAACAAAAGAAGGUCUCAAAUAUUAAAGUUUGCAGAAAGACUUAAAGAAAGUAGCCUACGGUAGUCAGAUCUUCAAACACGUCUCACAUUGAUUGAAUGUACAUGAAGUUACAUGAAUAUACUAAAAAGAAGGAAUGUAAAAUUAAAGGUGGCAUAUAGUUUUUCUCUUUUCUUUGUUGACCAGCUGGAGUGGCAUCUCUGAGCUGUUUGAGUUGCUUUUCACUCAGAUCUUUGUCAAUACUGUGUUCGUUUUGUCAUUCCCCAGCUGAAGUCACUACAUACAGAUUUAUUUAUGUGAUAAUAGCAUCGUUAAAUUGUUCUUAUGGCAUUGGUUCUUAUAUAAAGAAAGAUGCAGCAAUCCUCACUAACAAUUUGAAGAAAAGUAAAGUCUGUUCUGUAUCAAAUUCCCACCCAUACUCCCGUCUGAGCCAAUCAGGGUUCUUAUCAGCACGACAAGAACUACCUAAAAUGACAGAAAAAUUGUUUGACGUGUGCUUUGAGUUUUUAGUUUGGCUAAUGGUCCCAUCUGCUAACAUGGAGAAGGUGGAUUUAUUAGCUGUACUGCAGCCAGCCACAAGGGGGCGAUCUCCAUAAAACAAUGCAGGCAUGUAAUAUUUUUGCAUCUUAACUACCAGCAGUCAUCAGAAUAUUUAAAGCUGAGCUGCAACAGAAACAUUCAGUGCUGAGCAAAAACAUCACUGAGCUUUUUGUAGUUAAACAGGAAGAUUUCAUACACCGAAUGUUUCAUUCUGCAACAGCAGAUAGUUUUGUUCGACUAAACUAAUGCAAGCAGAAGGUUUUAAUUUGAAUGAGUCCAAGUAUUUUGGAUUUUUUUGGAUUUUUUAGUUGCAGUAGAAAAUGUACUUUUUCUACCCCCUUUAGAAUACUUUUGUGGAUAAACCCACAGGAUUAGGCCUGUCAGUCAGUCAUUUGCAAAAUGUGUUUGGUAUCCACAAGUAUUGGACAGUACAGCUGUAAAUCAGACAAAGACAUCAACGCAUGAAGAGACCUCUCUCUGUGCUUCAGGAGAUUGAUGUUCUUGUUAAAUACCUGUACAUGCAGUACAUGCAGUUUAUUCAGAGUGUGAGUGUGUUAUUAUGCAAAAGUCCAGACGUUCACGUCACUUUAUGCAAGCUCUCGACUCUAAUGUUGCUUUUGCCAAUGCUGCUUGUUAAUUUAUGAUUCAUGCCACUGUAAAUAAAUUAUUUUUAUUGAG